UUGUGUCAAAGAAUGCACUGCAGUAUCGGGGAAAUUCCCAGCACGAUGCCCAGGAGUUUCUGCUGUGGCUUUUGGACCGAGUUCAUGAAGACCUCAAUCAUGCUGUGAAGCAGGGUAGCCAGCCCCCUCUGAAGCCACCAUCAGAGGCUGAUAUGAUGCCUGAGGGACCAUCUUUUCCUGUCUGUAGCACUUUUGUACAAGAACUUUUUCAAGCCCAGUACAGAUCAUCUUUGACAUGUCCUCAUUGUCAGAAACAGAGCAACACUUUUGACCCUUUCCUCUGCAUUUCUUUGCCAAUUCCUCUUCCUCAUACAAGGCCUCUCUAUGUCACCGUAGUGUAUCAAGGGAAAUGUUCUCACUGCAUGAGGAUUGGUGUGGCCGUACCUCUGUCUGGGAAUGUCUCCAGGCUUCGGGAAGCAGUGUCUAUGGAAACAAAGAUCCCUACUGAUCAGAUUGUGUUAACAGAAAUGUACUAUGAUGGGUUCCAUCGUUCCUUUUGUGAUACAGACGACCUGGAAACAGUCCACGAAAGCGACUGCAUUUUUGCCUUUGAGACUCCAGAGAUAUUUAGGCCUGAAGGAAUACUCAGUCAAAGAGGAAUUCAUUUAAACAACAAUCUAAACCACUUGAAAUUCAGCUUGGAUCAUCAUAGGCUGUCUUCUCCUACACAAAUAGCAGCAAAGCAAGGGAAAAUGGAUUUGCCCCCCACAAGAGCAGGAAGUGACAAGAUUGUUCUGUUGGUGUGUAACCGAGCCUGCACUGGGCAGCAAGGGAAAAGGUUUGGCCUGCCUUUCGUGCUGCACUUAGAGAAGACAAUAGCGUGGGACCUGCUGCAGAAGGAGAUCUUGGAGAAGAUGAAGUAUUUCUUGAGGCCCACGGUUUGCAUUCAGGUGUGUCCAUUCAGUUUGCGUGUGGUCAGUGUUGUGGGAAUAACAUACUUGCUGCCACAGGAGGAGCAGCCUCUGUGCCACCCGACAGUAGAAAGGGCAUUAAAGUCUUGUGGACCAGGUGGUACUGCUCAUGUGAAAUUAGUAGUGGAAUGGGACAAGGAGACAAAAGAUUUCUUGUUUGCGAAUACUGAAGACGAGUACAUCCCUGAUGCAGAAAGCGUCCGUCUGCAAAAGGAGCGUCAUCAUCAGCCCCAGACCUGCACUUUAUCCCAGUGUUUCCAACUCUACACCAAAGAGGAACGGCUUGCCCCAGAUGACGCCUGGCGCUGCCCACACUGCAAGCAGCUGCAGCAGGGGAGCAUCACGCUGAGCUUGUGGACUCUGCCCGAUGUGCUUAUCAUACAUUUGAAGAGGUUCCGACAGGAUGGAGACAAGCGUAUGAAACUUCAGAACAUGGUCAAGUUCCCCUUAACUGGGCUGGACAUGACACCACAUGUGGUUAAGAGAAGCCAGAGCAGCUGGAGUUUGCCAUCCCACUGGUCCCCAUGGAGACGGCCCUAUGGACUCGGGAGGGACCCUGAGGACUACAUCUAUGACCUGUAUGCUGUGUGCAAUCAUCAUGGCACCAUGCAAGGGGGGCACUACACAGCAUACUGUAAGAACUCCGUGGAUGGUCUCUGGUAUUGCUUUGAUGACAGCGAUGUGCAGCAGCUGUCGGAAGAUGAGAUAUGUACGCAGAUGGCAUAUAUCCUUUUCUACCAGAGGCGGACAGCUAUACCGUCAUGGUCAGCCAACAGCUCGGUGGCAGGCUCCACAAGUUCUUCCUUGUGCGAACACUGGGUGAGCCGGCUCCCUGGGAGCAAGCAAGCCAGCGUGACCUCUGCGGCCUCCUCCAGACGCACCUCCCUGGCCUCGCUCUCCGAGUCCGUGGAGAUGACUGGGGAAAGGAGUGAAGAUGAUGGAGGCUUUUCAACUCGACCAUUUGUAAGAAGUGUCCAGCGUCAGAGCUUGUCAUCUCGAUCUUCUGUCACCAGCCCCUUGGCCGUCAAUGAGAAUUGCAUGAGACCUUCGUGGUCCCUGUCUGCUAAGCUGCAGAUGCGCUCCAGUUCUCCUUCUCGGUUCUCAGGGGACUCUCCAAUUCACAGCUCUGCCUCCACCUUGGAGAAGAUUGGGGAGGCAGUGGAUGACAAGGUCUCCAUCUCUUGCUUUGGUAGCUUGAGGAACCUUUCUAGCAGUCACCAGGAACCGAGCAAUAGUCACAGUCGACGGGAGCACAAGGCCGUGGGCCGGGCCCCUCUGGCUGUCAUGGAAGGUGUGUUCAAAGAUGAAUCAGACAACCGCAAAUUGAACUCCAGUGUGGUAGAUGCACAGAGCAAAAACUUGGCACAAGGAGAUUGCUUGCCCUCUGUCACUGAUCCAUUUGAUAACAAUAACCAGAUUGCUUAUGUGGACCAGAGUGAUUCUGUAGACAGUUCUCCAGUCAAAGAGGCAAAACCUCCAAGCCACCCGGGCUCACUUGCAAAGAAACCAGAGAGCACAAGCAAGAGGUCCCCCAGCUCCAAAGGCACAUCUGAGCCAGAUAAAAGCUUGCGGAAGGGGAGACCAGUCUUGGCAAGCCGGGAAUCAUCUCUUUCAAGUACAUCCCCUUCUUCUCCUGUUCCUGUAAAAGUUUCUCUAAAGCCCUCCCGCUCCCGAAGCAAAGCAGAUAUUUCUUCCAGGACCAGUGGACGGCAUUCAUCCCCUGCCUCUGCCCCUGCCCCUGCCCCGCCCAAAAAGGAGUCAUCCUCCAAAUCCCAGGAUUCCGUGUCAUCUCCUUCACCACAGAAGCAGAAGUUAGCUUCUGCCCUCGCACACACUGCUUCCUCUACAUCUGCCAAAAAAGCCUCCAGCCCUGCCACGAGGGGACCUUUCCCUCCCGGGAAGAGCAGGACUUCAGACCGGAGCCUAAGUAGAGAGGGCUCCAGACAGAGCCUGGGUUCUGACAGAGCCAGUGUUACCUCUGCCUCCAAACCGAACUCCCCUCGGGUGAGUCAGGCCAGAGCAGGUGAGGGUGGAGGGGACAGGAAGCAUGUCAGGAGCUCCUCCAUGGCCAGCCUGCGCUCCCCCAGCACGAGCACAAAGUCCGGUCUGAAGAGGGACAGCAAAUCUGAGGACAAGGGGCUAUCCUUUUUCAAAUCAGCCUUGAGACAGAAGGAAACGCGGCGGUCGACUGAUCUCGGAAAGACAACUUUGCUCUCUAAAAAGGCUGGCGGGAGCUCCGUGAAGUCAGUCUGUAAGAGCACCGGGGAUGACAGGGCAGAGAAAGGCUCCCAGCCUCCAGGUUCCCAGCAGUCCAGUGCAGAAACGCUUGGUAAAGAGCAGCUCGUCUCUAAGAACCCUGCUUCUGCUAAACAUUCCCUGCUGUCCGCUCGCAAAUCCAAGUCUUCCCAGCUAGACUCGGGAGUUCCCUCGUCUCCUGGUGGCAAGCAGUCUGCUGAGAAAUCCUCAAAAAAGUUAUCUUCUAGCAUGCAAACCUCUGCACGGCCUUCUCAAAAACCUCAGUGAUAUUUCUGCAAUCCCAGUGUUUUAUCUGUAAAGAUGUUUAUUUAUUUAGAACCCUUCCCCUCCCACCAAAGCCCUCUAUGCUUUUGUUUUGUAUUUUUUCAGUCAUGUGCCUAACGUGUGCGUGUAUGCGCGUGCGUGCAUGUGUGUAUGUGUGUGCGUUUGUGCAGGGAAUUCAAUUGCAAAUUGUUAAAAGCGUCGCCUUAUUCUGCCAUUGAACCAAAUAACAGCCAUAGGCAAAGCACUGAUACCAAGCUAACUGGAAUAAUUUUAGAUGAUGCCCUGGACAGUCCCUUUAGCAGUUGUAUAUAUUUCUUUCUAGAGAACUCUAAUGACAUUAAUUGGACACUAGGGUUUUAAACCCUGUGAACCAGUUAAGCUAUAAUGAGUGUGUUAGAAGGAUGAAUUAUUUGACUUGGGUUUCAUCUGAGCAGAAUUUGUCCUCACUACGGAUGUCAGGUGGCACCAGGAGCACUAAAAACUGUGACACUAACAGUGAAACAAACUGAGGGAAAAACUGUUGCUUUCUGCACUUUUGCCCCAUCUACCAGUCUUUGUAAAGGGCAAUAUUUUAACACUAAUGUUUCUCAGGUAUAUACUCAGCUAGUCUAGGAUGGAUGUGCAUCAGUAAAUGGAUUAAAGAGGAAGGUGACAUGUGGGUGACUGUGUCAUUUCUCCUACUGCCACAAAUAGAAGUUUUAGAGGUGGAAAUGAAGUCUUUCACUACCUUCAUGUCUGCAGGGAUGUGUGUACCAUAACCCAUCUUUACUCUUAGGAUAUGUCCUGAGAGGUGGCACAUUGGAUAGCCAGCAAGUCAGUCACUAGUAGAUAAUUUUUUUUUUUCCUUGUAAAUUUGCUAACUGAGGCCAUUGGGAUUUUGAACUAUGGUAGAGCAGUUGAUACCUUUGAAAGGAUCCUGGAAAAAAAUGGAUGCUAAGCUGGAUGCACAAAUCUGUACCAUGUUCCAUCUCUGGUGUUGCUUGUUUCUGUUAAAAGUUGGAAGCUCCGUGCUGCCCCGCGUCUGCAUGUUCAUGUUUCCUCGUUGCAUAACUUGGAGAGGAAAGAAGUUGCCUACUGCCACAAGUCAGUGGCGGUGUGUGGAAGCAAUGCGUGACAAAGUGUUACAUAUGCACCUUGGAUCCUGCCUGUCACUCUUAGUUAUGACUGCUUUUCAGUGGCUCAUUUAUUGCUUGUGUUUAAGAUUCAAUCUCAUACUCAGAACUUGCAGGUGGAAUUGGGAGUGUACACCCUCUGGCAGUGUCAGUGCAAAUGGCAUUUCUUGUUUAGAGAAAGGGGAACCUCACAAAAAUGUCACAGAUGAACAAAAUCUGUAGUUUCCAAGCUUUUUGGAGGUCUGGCAAUACUUUCCUGCUCAAGUUCUAGCUUUUUUAAAACAAACCUUUUUCCUUUUUUUUUUUUUUUUUAAGUGUUAGGAGAGUCAUGGUCCUGAUUCUCCUUGAAUAGCAUUUGUCACUUUGCCAUGAAAUGCAGCAUGUUUAGUUUAUGCGCUUAUAAAUGUUAACUUUUUUUUUCUUUGUUAUAGACUUUUCAGUUCUUCCUGAACUCUUGGUGCACAGAUCCGUUUAUAACCUCCCUUUUCAGUAUUGCUGUGUGCGCAGCAACUACAGCACGUAUGCAUGCAUAGCUGUAAAGUCUCCACUGCUCUUUUUUCUCUUUUUAUUGUUUUUUCUGUGAAUAUCUCUUGGGAAAUGUUUCUAGUAGGUUACUUAACUUUAUUUUGCUGCCAAUUUGAGCAUUAGCCAGUAACUUGCAAGUCCAGAGGCCAUUUAUGUUGAGGGUAGCUGGAAUUUUAGACCCUUGCAGUAUGUAAGACUUAAAUACUCAGCCUUGUGGAAGUUACCAUGUUGCUCCAUGUGAUUCAUUGUACGUGAGUCCAUCGCCCACUGCACUCACUCCUGUGCUGGCAACUUCACUGGUUGUCCUCGUUUUACUAUAGACUUUGGUGGUUUCCCAAAGCAGCAUUACUCUCCUCUGCUGUGGCGUGACUGCAGAUGCUGACUGCUUCCAACAGCACAUUGACAGCCUGAUCGGUGUUUAGCCACCACUCUCGUUUUCCUUUAUGGCUUUUAUUUCCUGAGACAGAUGUGCCUGAUGUGGAUCAUCAAUAUCAGGAGAUGAAUGUCUAAUUUGAACCUCUCAUCUGUGCUUAAUACGUAGAUCUCAUUUGAAAUCUCCUACCAAAAGCUCUGAAACAAUCUUGGAAUUAUAGUUUGAUUAGACAAAGUGUGUUGGUAACACAUUUUUUUUUGCUAUAAUCAGUUAAGCAUUAAUAGAAACUAAUUUUCAGUGGUAAAUAUUUUCGAGUCCUCUAGGGAUGAAUUUUCAAUUAUGUCUAGUGUCUUAAAAAAAAAAAACUCCCUCUACAAAUCCCUUUAAUUUUCCAUGGGGUCUAGAAAUAAUAUUUCAGAAAUUGUAAACUUUGUCUAUGGAGUUUAGUCCUGUUUCAGAUUUAAUUAAAUAGAAAAAUAAAUCAAGAAGCAUUAUGGCAUUGUCUAGGCAUCUUUUUUUUUGGCGGCUGGCCAGUACAGGGAUUUGAACCUGUGAUGUCUAGACAUCUUUAGGCUGUUAUAUUUCCAUGGCUGGUAAGCAAUGAAAAUUUCAUUAUCCCUAACAAUGAGGUACAACUUUAAGGCACAGAAAAGGAUAUUUUGCGUAAAACUUUGAAGAUGUCCUUUGAGGUGUGAAUUACGGAAAAAUUUUUACUUGGUUCAGUUUAGUUUUUUGGUAGGGUUAGGGGCUCAAGUGUUUGAUUUUUUUAUUUUCCCACUGCUGUUGAGCACAGUGAACAUGUAUGUGCAUUGGGGUUAAAAGUCAUCUGCUAAGGACAAGGCCUGGGUUUCUUGACAACUAGGUGGGACUAAUUAGAGCAGUUAUUUCCUGGUAGGCACAAAAUAAUCACGAAUAGUAAUGUUGCAUCUGUAAUGUUUGUUUGCUUUAAAAAGAAUCCCUUUUUAUUUUUUAUUUCUUUUCCUGUAAACAUUCAGUGCACUAAGGCUGUAACAUUCCUUAAGAUAGCCCUACACCUGGCCUUUGUAAUCCCUUAGAUGAUGUGGAAGCACAAAGAAACCAUCUUAUACCACCUCUGGCCCCUUUUGUAUUUUCUCAUCCUAAAGCAGCCUAACUGAAAGUAAUAAUGUGCUGGACCAAACGAAAUGGAUGUGGGAGUCUUUGUGGGAUGGAAAAAUAUUGUAAUCAUCUGUGAGGCUGCCUUAAACUUUUGGGAUCAUUCUUUCAUCAUUCAUUUAUUCUGCAAGCAUUCAUUGAGGGCCUGCUUUGCAUAUAAAGGCAAGCUGAAAGCUUCAGGAAUUUGCAGUAACUGAGGAGCCCUGGGAGCACAGCCCAUCAAGCAGGGGAUGCUAAUGAUGUCCUAAAUGGAGUGACAGUCUUCCCUAGCAGAGAGAGCAAGUGGAUUCUGGUCAGUCGGCUAAGGCUUACAGUCCUCGUGAGUGAGUCUGCUCUGUCUGGAAAUCAGAAGUAUCCUUCCUCAUCUCUGGAGACAUUUUACUCUUAUAUCUGCUUCAGACCAAGCCGUCUCUACUGUUUAGGGAUUGAAAAUCCAUUACACAGUCACUUUACACUAGAAUUGGGUCAUCUGCGCUUGUAUGAGAUGGAUGUGCGGAUUUUUUGGGGAGGGAGGUGAGUUGUGAGGGGAAUUGUCAUCCCUCUAAACUAACUAUCCUGAAAAAAAUAGGAACAGUAUGUAAAGGGAACAGCAGAGUUAGCCUUUAGGGAACAUGGAACAGAAAACUGCGAACAAAGCUCGUUUAUUUCAAAUAAAUGUGUUUUAGUAGAUGAACAUCUGACGUGACGUUUCAUUCUGACAAAUUACUGAACAGCUGAAGUUAUUUCUUAUGUAAGUGAUUAUAAUGAUCGGACACAAAGAUAAUUAGUGUUUCUGGGUUGUAUUUUUGAGAUAGUAUGCAAAUCAUAAGCACAGUUGCAGUAAAACACAUAUUUUGGAGGCAUGUAGAACUUCGUACUAUUUGGAGUUGAGAAGGGCAAAAUUUUCUGACAAACCAGUGCCUAUCAUAAACAUGAAAAGUAACUUACUGUUCAGGCUGUCUUUAAUUUCAUAAAGGGUACAUUAUUAUUAAACCUGACUACAUAUUUUGGGGGGAAAGCCAAUGCUUUUAUUUAAAUGAACACUCAGUGUCUCACACUGCCUUUUGAUCAGCUCCAAAGGUGUUUGUUUCUGCAGCAGCAUUUUGAGCGUGACCGAUCAUUUUCCCCAGAUAAUGAAAACAAUUUUGCAUGGCCUCCUUCUAACCCAGAAAGCAUGCUUUUACUACCCAUGCAAGCAACCAGUAAAAAAAUAUAGACUACACUAAAUGUUAAGUUUUAAAAAAAAAAAGCCACUCUUAGAUUAUAAAGCUCUAUUUUUGAAUUUGUAAUUUUUAAAUGUGGCAUAAUUGUCACUACAGAAGAGCAUGAAUGUGAUUUUACUUUGCAUAUAUUUCUCUUUACCGAUUUUUUUUAUCAUUGGUGAAAUUGUGUGUAAAAUAAUAAGUAUUUUGCAACCAGAAAUGAGAUUGGAUAUGUUGAAUAUACAUUUGUGUAUAUACUGUAUUUAGCCUGAACACUUUCCUAAAGUAUUUUGUUCUGAAAAUAACCUGCCGUUUUCUAUAGAUUUUAAUUUUUUAUAUCUUCUAGGGUUCUAUUGUGGUCACUAGGGGAGGAUGUGGCUUCAAAUAGUGCUAACAAUUUUUAAAUGCUUUUGUAGAAACUUAGAGCUGUUUUGGAAAGCUUUGGACCUUCCCAACCACUGGUCACAAUAAGACUAAUUAAGCCCAUGGAAUUUAUGGUAGUGUUGUAUAGUAGAUUAGGUUCUAGAUCCAUCUCACAUUCAUUUAAAACCCUUGUUUCCCAAUUUUGGGGAGAAGGGGGAUUCAUAGCAGACUUGAGAGGCUUUUUGGAACCACACAUGUAUUCUCCCCAAGAUCUGGUUAAGCCUCUUCUGAGUGACUUGUCUGAGAUUGUGAUACCCAUGUUCACUAGAAUCAUCUAGGGAACUUGUGAAAAUAUAGUGCCUGGGUCCAAGCCCUAAGCUUUUGAUCUAAUUAGUGUAGGGUUGGGUCCCAGGUAUUCCUGUCUAUUUUUGAGCUCCUGGGUAUCUCUAAUUGCAGUCAGAAUUGAGAAUCAUGUUGGCAUGCCUUCCCUUUGCUGAGAGUUGUAGUGAGAAUUACUGCCAUAGCAAGCACUCAGGAGUGACUCCAAUUCUUCAGUUGUGUUGGAGAGGCUUAAAAAAAAAAAAAACACCAAAAAGAUUGAGAACCACUGAUACUAACCUGUUUGAAGUAUGGGGGUCUUUCUGAUUCAAGGCCUGAUUUGGGAGCUUGGAGCAUUUUGUGGGUGGCCUAGCGCUUGCCAUUCUGUUGGGAAAUGGUGGUUUUAGGUGCUGGAGCAGGCAGAGUGCCCCAUUGGGUUCGCAUCCUUCCCCAGAGCCUUUCCUCCAGUUUCCACCACAGGGCCAAGACCCAUGGGAGAGCAGGGAAGUCAACAGCCUUUCCAGCCUUGGAAAACCUGUCCCUGCUUUUUAUAGAUCCAAUUUCCUUUUUGUAGUAAUUACAAUAGCAAACCCCAGGCUGCUGCUGAAUUUUCUACUUAGCUCAUUCUCUGCUAUAGUUCUUACUUAUCCAGAAUGUAGUUUCAGAAAUUCUUUUUAGUUUGAAAAUGAAUGUGAAACAUCUUAUUUGGAGUAUUUUUUGUGUUUUGUUGUUGGCAACCCUCGAUAUUUUUUUCUCUUUUCAUGUAUUUUUUUAAAAAUCAAGUAAUCCUCAUCCAAAAAUUUGGUAGUUUAUGUUACCUAUGGAGUUAGAUGAAAUUCAGUUUUAAUCUGUGGUGAGCUGAAUGCACUCCGACAUCUUAAAUAUAAUCUGCUGUGCUCAUGUGGUUUUAUCCUGUUGAGCACUGUGCUAUCUACAAAAAUAAACAAACACUUUACCUGGUGUAUUCAACAUUUUAAGGAAUAAAAGAUAUAAGUAGAAGUUCAAGUUGGAAAUGCUUCUUUAGAAAGGCCACCCAGCGUAGUGAUAUCUGUUGCAGUCGUGAAAGCGCAAUAUGAAAUUUCCUAGGUGCUAUUCUAAGUGGAGUGGUAUCAUCAUACCAAAUGGAAAGGCAGUUACAGUAUUUCCAAAGCUGAAGUUCUUUGUGGGCCUUUCAAAUACGCAUUUAUGGUCCGUAUAGGUUUGCUCACCAACUGUGCCUCUCACCACUGGUUAAAAUUGAAUUUAAGCCCCAUUACAAAAAUAGUUUCUUGAAUGAACUCUUCAGUUUUCACACUGGAAUUUUUAUAGUUGUCUCAAAAGCUGCAUGACAUCACUGUCGUAUCACAAUGCUUCAGUAUUGUUUACGCAGCAUCGAUAGUGACUUCUAUAUGAUUUUCUUCUUUAGUUGUAUGCUAAUAUGGAGGGCAGGAUGUCUUUCCUAGAGGCUGGAAGAAAAGUGUCUCAUAUAUUUUAAAUUAUUUUAGAACAAGUGCAUGAGGUGUGCCACUGACUUCUGUUAUUUAUUUGUAUGUUUUAUUAUUCAUGGUAUAUGCACUUUUAAGAAGCAGAAUUUAUUUUUAUGUUACAAAUGUUUUAUUUCUGAAAUAGCCAUUCAUUAUAUAGUAUACAAUUGGAAUUAAGAGAAAAGUGGAAAAUGUAACAAAAUAAAUUUAUUACAUAAUGCCC